CUCUCUCUAUCCUCAGAAGACAUAGCGAGGAGAAAGAGAGAGAAAACCCUAAAAACAGUAAUUUCUUUUAUUUCUAUUCGAAAUCGAUUACCGCUUUAUAUUCCUCGAGCCGAUACCUUCAGAUUUUUGUUGGUGCCAUUUCUUUCAAUGGCUGCUAUAGAUGCUGCCUCUUCUGCUGCUCCAAGAUUUGCUCCACCAGACCCCACUCUUCCCGAACCAUGGAAAGGUUUGGUUGAUGGUAAAACUGGUUAUCUCUACUUUUGGAAUCCAGUAACCAAUGUUACCCAAUAUGAAAGGCCUACAAGCGUAGAAUCUGUUCCAAAGUCUUCUUCUGUGCCUAUAAAUUCUCAAAUUCAAGUUCAGCAAUCUUCUGACGGACAUAAUGGACAUAAUCCUGACAAGGAAAAUGAUCGACAUGGAAGAGGCAGCAACGAUGUAUCAAAACUUGAGCCAGUAUCACGUUAUAAUCAGAAUGCAGGUGGUGGACCUGUUCAUUCCCAUAAUACACCUAAUGGGACUUAUGGCUCUGUGAUUGGAGGAUUUGCUAGGGGAAAUGGAUUGAUGGCUGGGGGAAGUAAUUUGUCUGGUGAUGCUUAUCGCCAUCAGCAUGAGAUAACUGUAACUGGAGAUGAAGUGCCCCUGCCCUUGUCUUCAUUUGAAGCAACUGGCUUUCCUUCUGAGAUACUUAGAGAGGUAUACAAUGCUGGGUUUUCUGCUCCGACACCAAUUCAGGCUCAGUCGUGGCCAAUUGCGUUGCAAGGUAGAGACAUAGUGGCCAUUGCUAAAACAGGUUCCGGGAAAACUUUGGGUUACCUAAUUCCUGGAUUUAUGCAUCUCAAGCGGUGCGGUAAAGAUCCUCGAAUGGGUCCUACCGUGUUAGUGUUGUCACCUACAAGGGAGUUGGCUACUCAAAUACAAGAUGAAGCUCUCAAGUUUGGGAAGUCCUCAAGAAUUAGUUGCACGUGUUUGUAUGGAGGAGCACCGAAGGGUCCUCAAUUGAGAGAUAUUGAGAGAGGAGUAGAUAUUGUCGUUGCCACUCCUGGCCGGUUAAAUGAUAUUCUAGAGAUGAGGAGAAUCAGCCUUCAUCAAGUUUCUUAUCUUGUGUUAGAUGAGGCUGAUCGCAUGUUGGACAUGGGUUUUGAACCUCAAAUUCGGAGGAUUGUGAAAGAGGUCCCUACUUGCAGGCAGACUCUGAUGUACACAGCAACAUGGCCAAAGGAAGUCCGAAAAAUUGCAGCAGAUCUACUGGUAAACCCUGUUCAGGUCAACAUUGGCAGUAUCGAUGAACUUGUGGCAAACAAGUCUAUUACGCAGUAUGUUGAAGUAUUAUCGCCGAUGGAGAAACACAGAAGAUUGGAGCUGAUACUGCGUUCCCAAGAACCAGGAUCGAAAAUUAUUGUUUUUUGUUCAACUAAGAAGAUGUGUGAUCAACUGGCUCGCAACCUCAGUCGACAUUUUGGAGCUGCUGCUAUACAUGGAGACAAAUCUCAGGCUGACAGGGAUUAUGUGCUGAAUCAGUUUCGAACCGGGAGGUCACCAGUUCUUGUCGCUACUGAUGUUGCUGCUCGGGGAUUGGAUAUUAAAGAUAUCAAGGUGGUAAUCAACUAUGACUUCCCUACUGGAGUUGAAGAUUAUGUUCAUAGGAUUGGAAGGACCGGAAGGGCAGGUGCAACUGGAUUGGCAUAUACGUUCUUUACUGAUCAGGAUUCGAAGCAUGCAUCAGAUCUCAUCAAAGUUUUAGAAGGAGCAAACCAGGGGGUGCCUGCGGAACUUCGUGAUAUGGCUUCACGUGGUGGAGGAAUGGGAAGGCCUAGGCGUUGGGCUCCCAGCUCUGGUGGCUUUAAUGGGGGACGUGGUGGACGUACUGAUUUGGGGUUUGGUGGCAGGGACGGUGGAAGGGGUGUUCAUGGAAUUUCUACCUCAUCUUCUAGCUGGCAUGAUAGAAGUGGAGGACGUGGUUAUGAUCACGAGUCUCGUGAUAGGUAUACUCGUGGCUUCCAUGAUAGUUACGAUAAGGGACAUAGUCACAGUCGAAGUCCUGCUGGCUGGGGUGAUCGCCAAAAAAAUAUUGGCCUUGACCGCAGCCGGAGUCGUAGUGCUGACAGGUAUGGUAAUGGUCAUGGACGUUCCCCACCUCGGAGUUUCCAUGAGGUGAUGGUAAAACGUGAUAUAUCAUCCCCACUGCAACAUCGUGUGCCCCCUAAAAAUAAUGAAAAUUCAUGGGAGCCGAGGCAUUUUAUGGAUCCACAGAAACCUUCUCGCGAGAGGGACAAUUCUGGAAGAUCGUAUGGUGAUUCUCAGCACAAGCAGGCAAGAUCGGGAUUUACGAAUGGGCCUCGAAUAGGUUCUGGUGAUGCAGAGGAAGGCACGAUACCUCCCAAUGAUCAUUGAUCUCGUUAACCCCCAAGUUGAGGCAGUUGGUGUUUAUAUCGCUGCCUUUAUUUCAGGUCUUAUUAUAUGUAGAGCCCAAGUUGGGCAUCGGCAAAGGCUUAAAAGCUCCACAAGUUGACAUUUAAAGUGGAAUUAUUUGUUGAUUUACA